AUGAAUACUCAUACUACUUUUGUUGGUCAAAUUCCUUUGUCUCGUGGUGAGAAAGGACAUGAUUCUGUGAUUUGCCGGAAGAAGAAGCAUGAGGGAGGUGAUGGUAUCUUGCUUCAGAGUGAAGGUAAGAGACAUGAUAAGGGGAUUUAUGAGGUGGAGAAUAGGGAUACUGGGAGGGAUGAGAUGAUUGAGGUUCAUAGAAACAAAGGUAAAAUGCCUCUUAGAUAG